AUGUCUCCCUCCAAGGUUGAAUCCAAGCCGCAGUUCCCGGCGGACGCGGAUAGCGAGAGCUACGCGCAGCAGCUUGACUCGCAGGACCCCCUGCGCUCUUUCCGGGACAAGUUCAUCAUCCCGUCCAAGGCCAACCUGAAGUCAAAGGCCUUGGCAAAGCCCGGCCUUUCUUCGGAGGAUGGCAUCUACUUUUGUGGCAACUCGCUCGGACUGCAGCCUAAGGCCGUGUCCAAGUACAUCGAGGCCCAGCUCGACACGUGGUCGGGCAUUGGUGUCUACGGUCACUUCACCCAGCUGGACGAGUCGCCGUUGAAGCCGUGGCAAUUGAUGGCCGAGACGGCAGCGGAGCAGUCUGCACGCAUCGUCGGGGCCAAGCCUGAGGAAGUUGCCAUUAUGAACACACUCACCGUCAACCUGCACAUGUUGAUGGCCAGUUUCUACAAGCCGGCGGGUCAGCGCACCAAGAUUUUGCUCGAGUGGAAAGCGUUCCCCAGCGACCACUACGCAAUCGAGUCUCAACUUUUGACGCGUGGAAUGAACCCCAAGGAGCACAUGAUCCUGCUUGAGCCCGACAACGACCACAUCAUCUCGACGGAGAAGAUCCUGCGGGCGAUCGAUGAACAUGCUGACGAGAUCGCGCUCAUUCUGCUUCCUGGAAUCCAGUACUACAGCGGCCAGUACUUUGACAUGCCGACCAUCACGGCACACGCCAAGUCCAAGGGCCUGACAAUAGGUUGGGACCUGGCGCACGCGGCGGGUAACGUGCCGGUGCAGCUCCACGACUGGGAUGUCGACUUUGCGGCAUGGUGCACGUACAAGUACCAGAACGCCGGACCCGGUGCGAUUGCGGGGUGCUUCGUGCACGAGAAGCACGGAAAGGUCGAGUUUGGCGACGACGGCCAGCCCAUCUUCCGGCCGCGCCUGACGGGGUGGUACGGCGGAGAUAGGGCGGUUCGGUUCAAGAUGGACAAUAAGUUCCGGCCCAUCCCCGGCGCAGGCGGCUUCCAGUGCUCCAACCCGUCGGCCAUCGACCUGACGUCUCUCUGCGCUGCUCUUUCCGUCUUCAACGAGACAUCGAUCCACGAGCUGCGGGCCAAGUCGCUGAAGCUGACGGCUUACGCCGAGCACCUGCUCCUGAAGGAUCUGCCUGCCGACGAGAACGCUCGUCCGUACCGCAUCAUCACGCCGCUGGAUCCCCAGCAGCGCGGUGCGCAGUUGAGCGUGCUGCUGGCGCCGGGGCUGCUCAAGACGGUGGCGAAGGCUCUGUCAGAUGCGGGCAUCGUUGCGGACAGCCGUGAGCCUGACGUGGUGCGGGUGGCGCCCGUGCCGCUGUACAACACAUUCUCGGAUGUGUAUGCGUUCGUCAGGACGCUGCGGGAGGCGAUCGGGGCGUGA